AUGAUUUAUCCAGUUGAGUAUUUGCACCAAGGAUGUAAUCAGCGAAUUCUCCAUUUCGACAGCAAGCCUCACAAUAUUUUACUUGACUAUGAAUUCAACCCAAAGAUUUCUGAUUUUGGUCUUGCAAAACUAUGUUCAAGAGAUCAAAGCAUUGUGACAAUGACAGCAGUAAGAGGCACAAGGGGCUACAUUGCACCUGAAAUCUACCCAAGGAACUUUGGAACAGUGUCUUAUAAAUCAGAUGUUCAUAGUUUUGGAAUGCUGGUCUUGGAAAGGGUAGGUGGCAGGAAAAACAUCGAUCCUUCGGUAGAGAAAACUGAUGAGAUUUAUUUCCCUGAAUGGGUUUACGAGCAGUUGAUCGGCGAGCAAAAUUUUCAUGUAGCGAUAGAUGUGAUGAACAAUGAAGAAGAAACUAUGAGGAAGCUUGUGAUUGUUGCUCUGUGGUGCAUACAAUGGAGUCCUACUGAUAGGCCUACAAUGACAAGAGUUGUGCAAAUGCUCAUUGGGAGUUUGGAAAGCUUGGAGCUACCCCCUAGACCUUUUGUUUCAUCUUCCCUCCCACCUUUGAGUGAAGAAUAA